AUGGCGCCGCCUGGGCUUCUCCCAGGGGAGAUUGAGGCUUCAGUCCUCAGGAUCAGAGACAUUGAAGUCAAGAAUGAAAAACCAAAGACCUUCGACCCUACUGCCUUCUCAGCCUUCGCAGAUGAAUAUCUUGAGGGCCUUAGACCCGGAACCUUUCUUCUCUGCACUGCAGAAGAAGAAGGCGAGCUUGCUCGUCACAGUCCCUCUCGCCGAAACGACAGCGUCGAUUUCGACCACCUGUCGUCUUUUGAAACCCAAGGUAGAAGUAGUGACCAUAAUGAAGAAGACCUAUUUUCUGAUAGUAUGUCUCUCAAUGACGAUCUCCACCAAGAUGAAGACGAAAUCCCGAAGGGAAUUGAAUUAGAUCGGAAGAUUCUGGUAGAUGGAGAGAUAUAUCACUUCGCCGAUUAUCUAUGA